AUGGGCUCGACUAGACUGUACAGCAAAGGCCGCGUCCUCGGCCACAAGCGCGCGAAGCGCAACUCUCGCCCCAAUACUUCGCUGAUACAGAUUGAGGGUGUCGCCAACAAGGAGGAUGCACAAUUCUACCUGGGCAAGCGUAUCGCCUAUGUGUACAAGGCGAAGCGGGAAAUCCAAGGCUCAAAAAUCCGUGUCAUCUGGGGACGAGUAACCAGACCACACGGUUCAUCAGGUGUCGUCAAGUCGAAAUUCCGAAGCAACCUCCCCCCACGCGCGUUUGGUGCCAGUGUCCGAGUGAUGCUCUACCCUUCGAACAUUUAA